ACCAAAUCUUUCCAUUCAACUUUUCGUUUUCAGAUAUUAAAAACUACAAAGCAUAAAAAAAUUUCAUGGAUUAACCAAAAGAACUUUUUCUGGAUUUGGUGAAAGUCCUAGGAAACAUGACAAACUUUAUUUAACAGAAGAACAUUAGGAGGAUGUGUAGACAACUGGAUUGAAAAUGUUGAUCAAAGAAUAUAGAAUCCCACUCCCAUUGACUCUGGAGGAGUAUAGAAUAGCACAGUUAUAUAUGAUUCAGAAAAAGAGUCGUCUAGAAAGUACAGGUUCUGGAAGUGCAGUUGAAAUUAUUGAAAAUGUACCGUACGAAAACGGUCCAGGUGGUAACGGACAGUAUACAAAGAAAAUUUAUCAUAUAGGAAGCCAUUUACCUGGGUGGUUAAAAUCAUUGUUACCCAAAACUGCUCUUCGUGUUGAAGAAGAAGCGUGGAAUGCUUACCCAUACACUAAAACUAGACAUACAUGUCCAUUUAUUGAUAAGUUUUUCAUUGAUAUAGAGACACAUUACUUAGAAGAUUACGGUCAGACGGAAAAUGUUUUUAAGCUUUCUAAAAGUGAAAGUAAAAAUCUUGAAAUAGAUCUCAUUGAUCCAAUAAAAGACAACUUUCCAACCAAAGAUUACAAAAAAGAAGAAGAUCCUCACUAUUUCAUUUCUAAAAAAACAGGGCGUGGUCCAUUGCAAGAUAACUGGUUAGAAGACUACGAAAAUGGAAAAGUUACAGAGCCUAUUAUGUGUGCAUAUAAACUUAUAAGGGUUGAAUUUAAAUAUUGGGGAAUGCAGAGCAAAAUUGAGCAGUUUAUUCAACACGGUUUGCGAAAUCCAAUUUUAGUUGGUCAUCGACAGGCAUGGUCAUGGCAAGACGAAUGGUUUGGUUUAACAAUUGAUGAUAUAAGGGAACUUGAAAGACAAACACAACUUGAGCUAUCAAAACGAAUGGUAAAUUUAACUGGAGAUACUGAAAAUGCAAACCACAAUGUAGUAGAAAAUGUUUCUGCAGAAAGUGAAAAGAAAAAGGAAAAAGAGGAAGACUCUGAAAGUUCGUCAUCAAGUGAUGUAGACCUUAGUGUGAAUUGUCAAAAGGAGACAUUCAAUACGAAAACAAGAUCUUCUGUUGAUCAGACGUCAGGUGCCUGUUUGCAACAAGAAAGGUUGCUUGAGAUACAUAUGAAACAUUUGGAACAAUCAGACAGUGACAAUGACAUCGAUGAUGAUGAUGACUUUUAUGAUGCAUUAGAGUCACUUGAUAAUGAUUAUUACAGACCUACACAUCGAAACUCAUCAGCUGCUUCACAAGAAACAAUUACUGGUGUUUUCAGUUCACACGAAAUGAAGGAUAAUGCUGAAGCAGUUACAUCUCCGACCCUCGACUUUCAAGAUUUGUCAUUCAGCAACACAAAAACACUUAUUUUCAUUAUCCAGGGUGGUAGUUUUAUAAAUGAUCUAGAUACAGAAGCAAAACUAAAAGACUUUGAAACUUUUGAAAGAGUAUUUACCACAGUGUGUCAUCAUAAUUAUCCUGGCUUAAGGGGUGGUGUACACUUUGAAUUAAUUGACUGCCAGUCUUUAACUAACGAUAUCUUGGAUUCACUUAAAGAGUUAAAUAUAUUUUCACAUAAUGCAUCAGAAGAAGUAAACAAUACUACGGAGCAUCUGUGCAAUAGUUUUCCAUUCAGUUCCAUGCCUCUUUUGCUUACGCAAGCACCAAACUUUCAUAUAAAUGCUGAUGAUAUGAUAAAACAAGUGAAUGAAAAAUACAACCAAUUCAUGACUGGUUUCAAAACAGAGGAUAUGAAUAUAGAGAUCUAUCUUCUUGCUGAUUGUGUGGGGGGCUUGUUAGUUUACCAAGCACUACGUGAAAGUUACAACGAUGAUGCGAUAUCUAUCGCGUCAGAUGAUCGCUCGUUAUCACAAGAUUCAGAACAGUUUUCCGUCGAUGUGUUCACCACAUCGUCUUUUGAUUUUGUCAUCAAUGGAGUGUUUAGUUUUGGUUCACCGAUUGGACUUAUUGCAUAUAAAGAUAAAUUAAGCACUGGCAAAGCAUGUCAACCACCACGUUGUGGACAGAUGUAUAACUUAUUCCAUCCCUAUGACCCCAUGGCAUCUCGUAUCGAACCAGUCGUCGAUCAAUCUUUCGGAAAAAUACGACCAGCUCCCGUCCCACGACACCAAGCUUUUCCAUACAACAACGAUAUACAGUAUAACUACACUUCAUUGUAUGAUGACAGUGAGGCUAUGGUGCAUGAUCACGAAUUGGCGUCUUCCAAACUAAACAGUCGAGAGAUAGAGAGGAAAAUUUCCACGGCUAGCACAUGUAGUACUCAAAGAAACAGUGCCUAUAACAACAAAUCACCUUUUGUACAUUGGUGGGGUACGAAGAGGAUUGACUAUAUGCUUCACUGUCCUGAUGGUUUGGAACAGUUCCCAGUGAGCACUUUAAUGCAGAUAUGUUAUAACAGUUACUGGGAAUCUAAAGAUCUUGUUACAUUUAUACUGUGGCAGAUAUUAGACGCAAAUCACCAGGCAAGCAAGCCUGACAAGAUCGAGCAAAUUGUUAGUUUUACGAAUCUGUUACCAAAAGAAAAGUGGCUAAAGAAACGUACUAAUUUAAAAAUUAAGAACAUGAGUCCAAAUCAUCGUGCGAAUGACAUCAUCUGUGCAGCAGGUGCCCAACAGUUCAUCAGUGGAAAGUUUGCGUACGGCCCGGUUGAUCUAGCUGCUCUCUCAUCAGAAAAGGUCGAUAUAUACAUCGCACCGAAACAGCGCAUGAAUGAUUGGAAGUUACUUGGUACGGACAUGACUGAUAGCCAUGGUAGAUUGUUUUAUUGUACGCCAACUCGAGGGAUGGAACCUGGUAUAUACUCGCUGAAGAUGGUGGUGAGGGGCGACCAUUCAAAUGUCAGUUCCAACAUGGCUAUCCUACCCGCCCAAACUGAAGCUGUCGUUUUCAGUAUUGAUGGUUCUUUCCUUGCAUCUUAUUCGUUACGAGGGAUUGAUCCUAAAAUCAGAGGUGGUGCUGUGGACGUAGUAAGGCAUUGGCAAGAUUUAGGCUACCUCAUCAUCUACGUGUCAAGCAGGUUGCUGUUUCAAAAAGGACAAGUGAUGUCUUGGCUGAGUCAGCACAAUUUCCCGUUUGGUAUCAUUCAUUUUUGUGAAAAUAUCUCCACUGAUUUUCAGAAACAUAAAAUUGAUUUUUUGAAGAAUAUAACAAAAUAUGAAAACGUUAGUAUACAUGCUGCUUACGGAGCAUCAAGGGAUAUCCCAGUGUACAUUUCGGCGUUAAGACUUAACGCGAGCAAAGUAUUUUUAAUUGGUAAAAAAACCAAGUCGAAAAAAGCAGAUGGUGUACAGUGGAUAUCUGAUGGUUACGCAUCGCACUUGAAAGAACUGAAGAAAAGCAGUUUGUCAAAACGUUGCUCGACCAAUAAGAAUAUGUUCAUGUCACUAGGUAGUAUGGGAACGAGCCGCCCCGAAGAAGCGCUAACGAGGUCACGUGAUCUGUCUGUGCUUGAUGAGGAAGUGGAGGACCCGAAACCCCGUUCAGAAAAGGGGUUGGGCCAUUCUUUUAUUAAAAGUAUACGUGCAAAAUCGAAAAGCCAUCAUCACAACAAAUAAAGAAUAUAAUUUUUGUGAUGGUGUGUUGGACACUUUGAUGUAUGAAAAGAAGUUUCAUCUGGAAUGGAAUUUCUCGCAACAAUUUAUCCAGGCGAUAAAGUCUAGCUAUACGAUGUGAUUUUUAUUCCUUUCUUAAUAUAUCGUCUAUGUUUAUCUGUUUUGUUUGUUUUAUUUAUUUGUUUUUUUUGUUUAUAUUUCUGUUUGUUCGUUUUUUAUCGUAUUUAUUGUAUUAAUUUGUUUUUGUUUGUUUGUUUGUUUGUUUGUUUGUUUGUUUGUUUGUUUGUUUGUUUGUUUGUUUGUUUGUUUGUUUGUUUGUUUUGUUUGUUUGUUUGUUUUUGUUUGUUUGUUUGUUUGUGUUUGUUUGUUUAGGGAAGUAUUGGAUUGUCGGUGACAAACCAAUAAAAACAAUAAAAGAUUAUAGGUGUGCUGGUUCACGUUAUUUUUAUUUAGACUUCUAGUAUAUUCAUUUUUAUAUUCCUUUUUUUAUAUUCUUUUUUUUUGUGUGGUGUUUACUUUUUAAUAUUAAACUUCGGUCCUUUCACGAGAGAGAGGAGCUUAACUAUUGGAGUACUCUGUCAUAUAAAAGUGCUAAAAUUAACGUUCUAUCUUUAAAAACGUGUUUCGAAAUGCUUCAAAAUAGUUAACUAGGAAUCAAAGUCAGAUUCAAAAUAUUAGUAAGGCAUGGCAAAACUGCCACAUCAGUCUGGGCUGCGACAUAACUAAAUAUUUCACCAGACAAAUUGUUUGACUUUCGAAGAUAUUAUUCGAAGUCGAAACGGAAUCACAACUCUACCGUCAAUUGCUUUGAAAAUCAAAUUUUUUGCUGUGAUUUUGUCGUUCAGAGAUUUUUUCCUUCAAAUCAUUCUAUUGUGUCCGUAUUUACUUUUUAACACUAUCGCGCCCAUUCUAUAUUUUUAUUUAACGUUAUUUAUUGAGAUAAUGACAUUAAUUUUUAGUAUUAUACAGAACAGAAUUUUAUGGUAUUUUUGUGUUCUUACAGGCAUCGCUGGAAAAUAUAGACAUCAGCUGGCAUAAGAAUAUAACCAGGAUAACAACUCAAAAAUAAGUCUUUUGAAUCCCUUAUAAUUUUCAACAUUGAAAACAUAUUUAAUUGCGGUAAUCGACUCUAGAAUUUACAGACGGCGUUUUUACGCUCAACCCUGCUACAAUGCUUUCUGUUCAGCAGCUAUAUAUGUAUAUAUGUUGAUGUACAAAAUUUUCUUUCAAUUAAUAUACGACGCAGUGAUGA